CCAUGCUAACCUUCAAUCGAAAUCAGAUCUGUAACGGACGGUUAAGAUCUCACAGGAUAUUCGACUACAGUGCUAACCCGCUUCUCCAUUGUGUUCCACGCCGCGACGGACGUCGACGAAAUAUGUGCCGUCCACAUCCCCAACCUUUGAAAGUGAGAAGUCUUUUCUCUACCAGGCUUUCGAUACCCUCUUUCUCAACCUUCCUUUGGUAUCCGUGGGGCCCAUGGUUCAUCUCGAAUCAGAAGGCGGUGACGUUGAGAGUGGCGUCGAAACAGGUAGUUGAAUAUUUCUGGACCAUAAGAACGGCGUCAGAAUAGGGAACGAAGCGAGAAGCCUCUCCGCAGACGACGACAAGCUUGGUUGAAAUCGAGAAGGCCGCGAUAAGGCAUCCCCUUCUCCUUCGUGUCACCGAGAAAUCUCAUCCUUUUCUAGUUUUGAUCUGUUCUUCCGGUGGGUUACCACUCGUGUCUCGCUUAAAAGUUGGAUUUUGGGCGCUAGGGUUCCGUCUUUUGGUUCUUGCUAUCGUUGGGGAAGAGGAGGGAGGGAGGGAGCGAGGGAGGAUGGGUUGGUGGCUGAGGAGUUGCCUGCAGUCGGUGCUGAAGCUGGUGAAUUCGGUGAUGGGGUUGGCGGGGAUGGGGGUGAUCCUCUACUCGCUCUGGAUGCUUAGGUCGUGGUAUAAGCACUUCGACGGCUCAUCAUUUGCAGGGGCCGUUUCCUCUCCUCCAUGGUUCAUUUACGCUUUUCUUGGACUAGGCAUUUACCUUUGUUUGAUUACAUGCUCUGGUCACAUCGCUGCUGAAACAGCUAACGGCCAAUGUCUUUCUUGUUACAUGGCAUUUGUGUUUCUGCUUGUCAUGAUGGAGGCUGCAUUAAUUGCAGAUAUAUUUCUGAACAGAGAAUGGGAGGAGGAUUUCCCAGAGGAUCCAACGGGAAAAUUUGAUGAGCUAAAGAAUUUUGUGAGAUCAAAUUUUGAAAUGUGUAAAUGGAUAGGUUUGUUGGUUGUGGCUGCACAAGCAUUUUCUAUCUUCACGGCUAUGGUGCUUAGGGCUCUCGGACCAGACAGUUCAAUUGAUUACGACAGCGAUGACGACUUUGUCCCAGCUAGGCUGCCUCUUCUAAGAAACGAGGUUCAGCAAACUUAUCAGACCGCUGCCCCCAGCUUGUCUUUGAAGAUUGAUUCUUGAAUUGGGUAAGUGAUGAAGACUGGUUUUUGAUCCCAAGACCUUACAACUAUCUAACAAAAUUUUCUCCGGUGAAACUGCGCUUAGUUAAUUACGGCGUUCCUUCUCUCCAGACGAAUAUUAUACUUUGGAUAUGGGGGUUUGUUUCAAUGCUAAUACAAUGCAUGUACCAUUCAUGUGGAAGUAAACUAAUGUAUAAAUGUUGUUCAAAUUGACAGAGCAUGUAUGACUGCCUAUUUUUAGCUUUGUUCCUGACACAGUA